AUGUUUCUCGAGCUGACGCCGGAGCAUGAGGCGUCACGCGCGGCGGCGCGCGAGGCGGUGCUGGCGGCAAAGGCGAUGUUGGCCGCCGUGACAGGGGCCUCGCUCCUCUCACGUGAGGCAUUCAUCACGAUUUGCGUGGAGGCGUCGCUUGAAUUCCUGCGGGGACGCUGGCGGGAGAAGAGCAGCGCCAGAAACGACAAGAGCGACGACGACGGCAGACGGAAGUCACGUGCUUCGUUUUCUCCGAACACCGAUGCGAAGAGGAGCAACGGGAAUAAAUUCGCCCAUCACCAUCAGCAGCGGCAGCACCGCCAAAGUGGCCGUAGUAGCGGUAACGGCAAUCACACGGCGCAAAUGCGGCGUCAACGUGAUGCAUCAGUGCGUUGCCGCGAAGAUGAGCACGAAAAACAACCCCCGCAGCACCGCCGGUCAUCGCCGUUUGACGAGGGAGAGCUGCGCCGCCUGCGGGAGUUGGUGGAAGCGGAGUACGGCGCUUUUCGCCGUGAAGGUGGAGCGGGGCAGGGCGAAGCAGCCACCGCGCAGUUCACCGCUCUUCCGCCGGCCAAACUGGAGGCAGCCGCGAUUAUUCGGCAGGCGUUGCACGACCCCUACCGCCGUGGCGCCAUCUCCCGUCAGCAGUAUUCCGUCAUUGUGCUCGCGGUGAUGGAGAAGCUGUUCCCCGACCUUGCUACCGCAACGAGUGACGACGCGGUGCCGCCGGGCGGCAGAGAGCACAGUGGGAGCGGCAGCGGCCUCAGAGGCGAGACUCUGGAGGAGGAGGAGGAGGUCCUGGUCGACCCCCCGCAGGAGCCGCAUGCCGCGCUGCGCCCGGAUGUGGUCGAGCUGACGCUGCAGCUGACGCAGCGAGCACUGCAGCAUUACCUCCUCUUCGAUCGCAACGGCCAUGAAACGGAGGUGGUGGUGGAGGACGCGGAGGAAGCAGGCGGGGCGAGCCGUGGGCGAUGGGUCGCUAAUGAUGUCAGUCCGCUCCCUCGUAACCCGUACGCCCCGGUCACGCCGCAGGCCGGUCGGCAGCACAGCACACCGGAGUCCGUGUCAUUUCCUGCGCAAUUUGACGACGCCUUUGAGGAGCAGGUGGAAAAACUGCGUCAGCUGCUGGAAAAGAAGUACGCACUGGACCUCUCCGGCACAUGUGCAGGGGCCAGUCGUCGCAGCGGCCCUGCGUCAGGCGGUGUCGACGCAAGGAGGGCGCCCAAUUCGGCGAGCAACGCUGCAACUAGCGCUACGGCUGCCGCAGUGGGUGCCGGUAGUCCGUCUUUGUGCGGUGGUGGGUGCGCCACGGAGGGGGCUGCUACUGCGAGGGAAAAGCGCGAAAAACUCCUCACGGAGGCGCUGCGCUGUCAGCGGGAGUUGUAUCAGACCCAUACACGGCUCAGCGGAAUCAUGCGGGAGCUUUACAAAGCCGAACAUCCCGGCAGCGACCCCCACCGGCUGUGUGUAGGGAUCGCUACCGAAGAAGAGUAG